AUGUUUAGAGAUCUCCGGGACUCCCCAACAUCUGAGUUUCAGUCCGGAGACAGUAGCAUACUGCCGCUAGUCGUGGAACCAGAUGUAGAGCUUUCAUCACCUGCCAAUUCAGACAGUGAUGACGGUAAGACACUUUUGUAUCCCAACGCAAGUACAAUGUUUCCUUUCAAAACUGCAGAACGAUUGCUGGACGAUAUAAAACUAGAAAUGAGCUAUCGAAGGUCUGAAGAUCCCCAGGUGGUCUCUUCAGGGCUUCGCGACGGCAUACUUAGACGGCCGAUGCUGGAUUAUUCGCGAACAAAUGUCCACAGUGCCUUCACCAUAGGCUAUCUGCUCGACCAAGUAGCCCUCAAAAGUCGCUAUGAGUACGAGUCCAAAACAUGUCCAGGGCUGAAUCGUAUCACUGUCUUCAUGGGUGUUUUAAUCGAUCAUUCAUUCAUGCCCAGCUCCGAGGACGAAUUGGCUCACGUACCCAUUUAUCAUCUCAAACUCACCAUCAAAACACGCACGCAUUUGGAACGACUGCGCAGACAAACGGGCGUCAGGCAUUAUCAUCUACUCUCUGAGUUGCACCCUGCGGACAAGUUGGAUCUGUUACUUGCGGAUCCUGACGAUCCACAAUUGGUUGAUUCCGCAAUUUAUGUUUCCAAUGAUACAAAUAAACUCGUUUGCAUCGAAAUCUUCAGACCAGAGCUCUCAAAAGCCGAUUUAGAGUGCUUUAACCCGGAAAAUAUUCGCCAAAGGUUUAGUGCAGCAUGUGAGAAAUUUCCAGAUCUGGAUUCCACAGCCAUACCAUCACAAGCUGAAUGUCUGAGUACUCUUUUGAAGAUAUUCAAGGGUCCACUGAAUAGGCAUGGCUCUCAAGAUGUUUUGAAGACUAUCUCUGCUGAUAACAAAUUUCUAAACUCUCAGUUGGAUUCUAGUUGGCUGACUGACAAAUUUAAUUUUCAAUUAUGCCGAGCACAAGACGAUGAUUGUCAUAGUGGUGAUAAUGGUCAUGCUUCUCUAGAAUUUCAACCACCCGACCUGACCAAUUAUGUCAAUGACUUAUCGGUCAGAAAACUUCGAGAGUCUUACACUAGGAAAUGUCUUGAGUUGGUCUUGUUGGGGAAAAUUUCUUGUAGCAUCAAUUCCAAAGAGCAUCUUUCAAAGGAAUCCAAAGUCCGCACUUUCCAACUGUACCAAGUCAGUUACUCACCAUCUUUUUUCUACCAUGUACUAGGUGAAACUAGAGGCAUAGCAGAUCGUGGCAAUAGUGAUAUUGACGCAAAUUAUCAUUUCAUCAAUCUUUCUGCAUAUCAUUUCUACUCGGAUAAGGACAUUAUAAAAAACUAUGAACGCCAAAUUCAAUUGGAUCCAUCCAACACCGGUCGAUAUUUUGACUGCCUCACGUACAUCGCAAAUAUCAGGUCCGAUUAUUACCUUAUCAGCUAUGCUCGCAAGCAAGAUGUCAUUGGUAAAGAGGAUCUGGAUUCCACCCUAUUGUUGUUCGGAAUCAAUCCGAUCGAUGCUGAUAUCUCAACAAUAAGUGACGAACUGUUGCUAGAUGUUUACAGGAGGGAAACGCAUCAGGCAAGCACUGAAAAACAUGCCAAUUUAAAAAAUGCCUUGCGUUUAUUAGCUAAGGCCAAAGGUAGCGACGCGCUUCAAUUUUAUGUUGCUUACGAACCUUACGACAAUGCCUACCAAGCUUACCGGUUGCUUGAAGUUGAUGAAUCGGUGGAUAUCGACGUGAUUCAAACUGCCUACACUAUCAAGGUAUCAGACUCGCCGGGUCUCAAAAUUGACUGCGACAGGGCAGUUUACACCCUGGCCGUUCAUAGAAAGAGUAUGCCUUUGUUUAAGCUACUUUUGGAGCAAUGUCCCAGAUUUCAAGAUUACUACUCUGCCGGUUUGAUAACCUAUUCAAAUGCUCUAAACUUGUUACAACUAAACGAAAAUGCUUCUGAUGAAACUGUAUUAGAAGUUUUCCAAAGAAGAUGGUUUCAAGAGACUGUAGUCUCUCCUGACCAGUUUUUGAAAAUUAUGUUUGCAUUGAGAAAGAUUGGUACGGAGCGAAAUUCACUCUUCAUAACGCGAUAUUUAGAAACAGGUUCCAUCGACGUGGGUUGUCUUCCAGCUGUUAAUUGGCCCGCUGGUCUCAAUAAUAUUGGCAACACUUGCUAUCUCAACUCUCUUUUACAAUACUACUUUUGCAUUUCUCCUUUACGCGAGGCAAUAAUAUCAUAUCAAAGUACACUAAAUGAUUUUCAGGACUCACUUGGGAACUAUGGAGACAAAAGACGCAUUGGCGGAAGGGAAGUAUCUGGCCCCGAAGUUGAACGAUCAGUGCAGUUUAUUUAUCAAUUACGCGACUUGUUCACAAGCAUGAUAGAGACCAACAACAGAUAUGUAACUCCCACCAGGGAAUUAGCAUAUCUGGCUUUUGCUCCUAGCAAUAUUGAAGUGGAUUUUGAGGAAACUCCACCUGUCAAAGCUCUACCCAACGAAAAGGUUUCCGUGAUUGACCUAACGAACGAUAGCAACGAAGAUGUGAAUAUGUGCAGGACUUACACUGCUGAAAGUGAAGAGGAAGAAAAAGCGAAGACCAACGCUCUUGUAGAUAAGGUUGGAGUGGUUGAGCCCAUAGUAUCCUCGACCAGGGUCGCUAAUAUAAGUGCUGAUCAACUCGAAAAUGCACUAGAAAUGGGCAGACAACAAGAUGUGACAGAGUGCAUUGGAAAUGUUUUAUUUCAAUUGGAGAGUGCCUCCAUGCCCAUUAAGUUGGACGACGAUGGGGAACAGCAUGAUUUAAUCAAACAAUUAUUUUACGGCCAACUACAGCAAAAUUUGGUGCCAUUGAACGAUUCAAGCAAGGUUAGAACGAAAGUCGAGAGAUUUUUGUCUCUCUUGAUAAAUGUAGUAGAUCAACCCAGGGACGUUUACGAUGCCCUAGACCAAUAUUUCAAAGACGAUGUUUUGCAACUUGACGACGGUGAUGUAAAGAGAAGCGUCACUGUUACCGAUCUUCCAAAAGUCUUGCAACUUCAAAUUCAGAGGGUUUACUACGAUCGCGAAAAGUUCAUGCCCUUUAAAUCGAUUGAGCCUUUGCCGUUCAAAAACGUGAUAUACAUGGAUAGAUACAUGAACACUAAAGACCCAGUAUUGAUCAAGAAAAAAAACGAGGCGGCUGUCAUGAAGGCGGAAAGAGCUACCCUGAUGGCAAGGCAACACGAACUUCUAGAAAGAAAUGGUAGUGGGCUUAGCUACAAAUCAGCGUUGCUUGAAACCAAAAAUUUCUUGCAAGCUGAUGUUUUGAAUCAGCAUGGCAUUGAUGUUCCGAAUCGAGAGCAAACCCUAAGUACUAUUGACUCUCUCAUCCUGAAGAUUGAUAACGAGCUUGCGGAUAUUUACCAGAGAUUGACCAUCUUAAACAAUAAUCUCAACACACAUUUUAACAAUUUCCAAAGACAUGGAUAUUCUUUAUUCGCUGUUUUCAUACAUCGUGGGGAGGCCAGUUACGGUCACUACUGGGUCUAUAUCAAGGACUUUUCUCGCCAUGGAAUUUGGCGUAAGUACAACGAUGAAACUGUGACGGAGGCACCUGAAAGUGAGGUUUUUAAUUUUGAACCAGGAAACACAGCAACGCCCUAUUUCCUCGUGUACAUUAGCCAAGAACAAGAAGGUACAAUUGAGCCCUUGAAAAGGUCGGUGCUGGGCUAG